AUGGACCGCAGCCUAGACGAGAUCAUCGGCGAGGAUGCAUCGCGUAAACAGACCCGUCCCUCUGGCGGUCGACGCAACCCUCCCCAAAAUCGCCGACGUAACGAUCGUGAUGGCGUUAGAAAGCCCUAUUCGCAAGACCGUGUCGAUUUGAGCCUUGACUGGGUGCAUGACAAAUUCGAUGAUGACCGUGAUGCGCGUGGAUCCCGUGGCUCUCGCCGCCGCCGUUCAAACUCGCCUGAUCGUGGUGGUCGCACCUUGACCAAGGUCCGCGUUGAGAACCUCCAUUACGAUAUUACGGAAACAGACCUUGAGGACCUUUUCGGACGCAUCGGCCCCGUUUCCGCCCUUUCCCUUGUCUAUGACCGCGCUGGACGCUCAGAGGGUGUUGCCUACGUCACAUACCAACGCCUGAGCGACGCGCACGAGUCCAUCCGCGAAUUCGACGGCGCCAAUGCCAAGGGCCAACCCAUCCGCCUCUCCCUCGUGCCCGGCCGUCGUCCGGAACGAAACGCUGAUCGCAACACCCUUUUCGAUCGCGUAGAGCGCCCUGGUCGCGACUCACGCAGCUUGAGCCCCGGUGGUGACCAGGCCGCAGAUGGCUCCCGCCGUGGCCGCCGCAGUGACGUCUCCAAGCCCGCACCUGAUGGAAUCGACCGCUACACUCCUGGAACUCGUCAGCGCUCGCCUCGUCGAGGUGGAGGUCGUCGGGGUGGCCGGGAUAACCGCGACACCCGUGACAACCGUGAUAACCGGGGACGCAACGAGAGAGGAGGUCGCCGCACGGGAGAUGCCCGUCCUCGCAAGACCCAGGAAGAGCUGGACCAGGAGAUGGACGACUACUGGGGUGGAAACAAUGCUGCGGCUGAGACCGCUGAGAAACAACCCGAGACUGCUGCUGCCCAACCGCAGGCUGCCACUACCUCUGUCCCUGCCACUGCCCCUGCCCCAGCUCCUGCGUCUGCUGCACCUGCUGCCGCAGAUGAUGAUAUCGAUAUGAUCGAGUAA